UAAUGUGUGUGUUUCUACGUAAACUACACGCAUUGGUCGAGCCCUGCUUCCACCUGAAAUGUUCUGGCGAAAUGACAGUUCUCGGAUACGACUAUUGUCUGCUGCAGUAACUGCUGAAAACCUUUGGAGAAUAUCGAGACUAAUCGCUGCAGCAGGCUUGAGGAAAAGAAGACCAGAGGAGGAGAGUGAAGGAGCAAAGGGAUGUUGACCCAUCCCUCUGACUCGCUCGCUCAGAUCAUUUUCCCGAUGGAUGAAGAUGCUAUUGCCCCAAACCCUGUCUGUAGUGCACCUCCCCAAAGUGAACCUGCACCGCCUUUCCUCCCCCUUUCCUACAUCACUCCCAGCUGUUCAAAAGAUGGCCUGUCUGGUCAUCAGAGGAGUGGUGGCGUCCGAGGGAUUAGAGGGCAAAUGCAGAAAAAGCAGGGUUACGCCGACACACAAGUCACCCAAAAAACAACCACAAACAGUCCGUCCACUGCCAAUGAUCAAGAGGAGAGUGCAAUUAUGGAUGAAUUUAGCAGACCUACAGUGGAACUCCAAACUGAGCAAAAAGAAUCAGAAACACGACAGAAGAACGUUGUUGUCUUCUCUGGAAAACACAAAGCUGAAACCUUUGAAGAGACGACCUCACAAAACACAUGUCUAACUCAACCUGACAUGGACACAUGUGGAGAAAUUCCCAUAGGACAUGUUGUUGAAGAUGCAGGCGCCCCAAAGGGAUGGGUCAUUGGUCCGCUGGUUCAGUCGCUGAAGUCCAAGAUGGCCAGUUUCACGGAGAUCGUCAUGACUCCUGUCAAGUUUUUCAGAACAGGGAGUCCUCCACAAUCAAUCAACUGCUCAUCCACACAAGCAGAUGGAGACGACGCCACAGAUGAACUGGAGAACCACAACCAGGAUGCUGAAAGUCAUCCGCAGGCCCACGGUGACUCUGGAAAUACAGAGUGUUCACAAACAGCUUCACCCAAGUAUUCUAGGAAACUGGAAUUUGAUGGAUUUUCCACAGACACACGUGAACAGAGGGACGAAUGCGCGUUAAAUCAACAGGAACAAAGCUCCUCUUCAGUGCCUUUGCUGGACGCUUCUCUAGCCUGUGUUGUCUCCCAGCAGCAUUCAGAACCCUCUGGACCCACGUUGAGUUGGUCUUCCAAACUAAGUGCCUCGCACGAGUCCAAGUUGAACAGAUCUUCUUCAGAGGAGAACCCCAGAAGCCGUCCACGAGGUGAUGCCGGGAUCAGUGACAGACGUGCCUCCCAGCAGAGUGUUGUCAAAGUUGAACCAAGUGAGACAAACAGAAAGCCAUCGGUAUCUUCUUCCACGUUUCACUCUAACACUGAUGAAGACGCGCUUCGGCGUGAGGAAAGCAGCCGAUGCUCCGUUCAGAAUCGUCUUCGCAGCAAAUUAAGUGGUGGUGCUAACAAAACGCCUCUGUUGCCUAUUUUAAGCACACAGCCGGUGGAGUGCCAAGCAAACUCUGAAGUCCUUUUAGUCUCAGGUGUGGCAGCAAAAAGGGGACUGAGACCAAACUGCCAUGAAAAGGACGCUUCAAAGCGCAAAAAAGUGACCUCUCUUUCACACGAGACAGAAAGUCUGCCUUUUUUAAGCACGGACUCAAGUGUUGGGAGGAAGUCAAAGGCACCGCGGAAGAUGAGUGCGUCCACAAAUCCCACGGCAAGCGAGGAAGAGGCCGUUAAGCAAAGCAAAAGAAAAAGGAUUGAGCCAACAAAAGGAAGCACAAAGGCAAGAAACGGGCAUGAGAGAGCAGCAGCAAACUGUUGCCCGGAUCCCAUGUUGCUUUGCUCAAGCUGCGUAGCGCCGCAUGACGCCUCCAGAGGCUGUAAGAGCAAAGCAAAGCACGUUAGUUCACGCGAAAGUCUCAAAACAAAAGCAGCUGACGGUGAAGCCCGUGUCAGAGUAAAGCACAGUGCUCUUUCUAUCGAUCUGGAAUCUUCCGCUGUAAUCUCUCAGGUAUCUGUAGCACUCGUCCAUCUCGAUGAGAAGCAGCUCCAGUGUGCGACUGCAAAAGAUAAUCCAAUGAAGCGAAAGCUGUCAAGAGAUGCCAGGGCAGCAACAGACGAGACCUCGGUGCCUGUCCCAUCGGGGUGUAAAACGUCCCAGAACCGCCUCACAACCAGACCGUACCAGCGGCCGAAGAGACCCAAAAAUGCUCUUUACGAUGCACUCGAGCCCCCCAGCUCCGCCAAAACUCCAGAACAGUGCACUGACGGUCUGAAGACCAAAGACAACCAACAAGAAAAUGGCAAAGUCGAAAUCCCCAAGAGAUCUUCAGAUUCAGAAAUGACAGCUUUUGAACAAACCGCCCAACAUGUUUCUACACGAUCACACAGUUCUGUAGACUCCUAUGAAGAAGAUAAGUGUGUUGUAGAUCAGGGAAACUCUCCUUUCACAGGGAGUUUUCCAAGGAACUCAGAAACUAGGAGUAAGUCCCACAUGAGACUAGUUAAGAGGAGAGCAGACAGAAGAUGCAGAGUUUUACAAACCAGAGGUCCUAAAGCUGAAGAGGUGACAAAAUCUGCCACCAUGGAGGACGCCGAUCUGGCUUCUUCAUCCAUCCGGGAUUCAGAAAGCAGCUUAUCAAGAUGCCUGCAACGAAGCUACUCCUGCCCAGAGAUCCUGUCUCUGGAAUGUCACGAUGCUCCGUGGAGAAGUUUGCAUUCGCCACAUCCCAGCAGGUUUCACGCCUCUCACCACCAUCACCACCACGGUCCUCACGUCUCGCCUCCUCACAAAACCCUGCGCCGGGCCCGUCGCCACACCGUCUGCAGUGUGGAGGUGGAGAGGGAGAUAGCUCCUCUGUGUCUCCGGAAGGAAGUCUACCCGUUCAGGAGAUCCGCUCCACACGAGCCGGUCCCCCGCCACCCGUCUCCCACCCACACACAUUCUCCCAGCGCCUCGCUCUCAGCUCUGGCCUCCUGCUUCCUGUCUAGCCCCUUGGCUUUCCUGUCAAAGAAAGGUGACUGCAGAGGAUCUGCUGCCAGCUCCAGCUCUUCUGCCCACUUCUCUCCACCCUCUUCUUCCUCCUCUGUGACACCCCAACCGUGCCCCUCCACCUGGCCUCCAGGACUGAGUCCAAAAGCCGAUGCCUCUGCCACCUCGGACUCAAGCUGCAGUGGAAAUCCGGUCCAGCUUGAAUCUGAGAGGAGACAACGGAGCGAAGAGGAAGAUGAUGGCGAAGACACAAGCUCCUCCAGCCAGGAGUGCGAGGACGUCGUGCUGAGGGAAGAGAAGGCUCUCUCGGAUUCAGAAAUCAAGCUUGUGCAGCAGCACCAAGAGCGGAAAAAGGUCUCGUCUAUUCGAAUCCGCAAAACGUUACCCAAACCUCAGACAAACCUGACACCCAUGGGUCUGCCCAAGCCCAUCAGAGUGAAGAAGAAAGAGUUUAGCUUGGAAGAAAUUUACACCAACAAGAAUUUCACUAAACCUCCUGGAAGCCGGCUUGAAACCAUUUUUGAAGUGGCUCUCAACCGCAAGAAUGGCUCGGAGUCGUGGUUCGGACAAAGGCGCGUCAAGCGCUUUCUGGAGUUCUUGGAGGUUGGCGGGGCCAGAAAGCCGAAGAAGGCUUUGGUGGGAAGUGGAAAAGCAGGUAUUUCCUCUUCGAGGACGAGGCGAGGAGCGUUUUCUAAAGACGGGCCUCCCCUCACCAUUCAGGACGUGGACUCGCUGCUCUGUGCAAAACUCGACCAGUUGAGUUUGUGGUUGAUUGGCGAUCAGACGGAAACGUGACUGAAGCCUCUUUGUUACCGUGCCGACUGUUAUUUGUGUUUGUUUCAAUGUGAUGACACGCUCUUUGCAGUUUUGCUUUUAUAAAUACUGUGGUAUUUACACACACACAUAUAUAAAUAUAGUGUCAAUUUAUUUAUUACCACUAUGAAACCGUUGCCGUUUGAUUCUGAACCAGCGUCUUUGAAGCCAUCUGUGGUGCAGUAUUCUUUACGUCGCUGAGAUUUCUCGUCUCGGUUCACAGUUUGUCCAUAUGAGGAUAAGCUAGGCCGCUACGCUGAACAGGGCGGAGCUUGUCGCUCUGCCUGUUUGAAAAGAAGUCGGCGCUUCACGCCGGUUUGUGUAACCAUCCAGCAUCCUUGUAACUUGUUUCUGCAGGCAGCUACUAUUUUAGAAGGCUGAAAAAACUCAACAUCAUGCGUGUUUGUAGCCUAACAUUCUAGUCGGACUUCUUGGAUCUUCAGCUCAGGAGUAACCCGUUUGACGUUUGUGGCUGGGUGAUGUUGGACGUUUUCCAGUUCUUCACAAAGCCUUCUGAGUUUCUUUGUCUUCUUUCUCCUCCCCUUUUUGUGUUACUACUGUACCCUGUUGUGUUUUUCUUUUCUUGGCCAAAAUGUAAAGGAUUAUUGUCAGGUUUAAAUUGUGGGUUUUGUUUGUUACCGCUGUUGAGGAGGACAAGCAGAAGUGCAUGAAGAAACCGAAGCACAACAUCUUUACACAUUUUUAUCACAAAAUACAUUUUGUAUGUUUGUAUAAAAGUACAAUGCUGUAUAUAAUUUGACAAUAAACGUCUAGUAACAAUGCAAUAAUGUCAAGGUAAUUACGGCACUUUAAGACUUUUUAAGAGCUCUGCUGUCGUUUCUAGUAAAGACUCAAGAAUUGCUGUAUUGCUGAACAACAUGCUUAGACGUAGUAAACACAUUUGAUAGUAUUUUAAAGUGGAAUUGGAUAUUUUACAUUUUAAUAAAACAUGGUAAUGAUGAAAGCAG